AUGUUAUAAUGGGAGGGAGUAUAAAAGGUAAGACUAAAUGGUUUAUUAGCAGCUCAAACUGUUGACAAUUUGCAGAAGACUCUUAAUAAUAUUGUCCUCUCUUCAUCAUCACCUUUCUCUUCCUUCUUCUUCGUCUUAACCUUUACUAAAUCCCUUCACUUCCAGUAAUUUGUUCUCAACCUGUUCUUGUAUCUUUCACUCAAUAUUCACACAUCUACAAAUUUCAACAUAAUUAAAAGCCCUUUUAAUCUAACUAAACCUCUGUAUAUUCAUCAACAUAAUGUGUUUUCUAAGAUCCAUUGAUUUUCUGGUGCGAAAUCCCAUAAUUUUAGCUAGCAGCGUGGUUAACAGUGAAUAGUUUUCGCUGCCAUUUGUGAGUAGUGUCAUGUUCGUUAGUCAGAGAAUCAUCACUGCAGGGACCAGCUGGUAGUUGAGAGUAAGAUUGAUUGGAGUAGAUAGAGACGAAGUAUGCAAAGAGAGAGAAACCCAACAAAAAAAAGUGAUAAAAGUAGAUUGAAAAUUGAAUGGUAGGAGAGCUUUUGAAGAAAAAUAAGUGUGUUUUUUUCUCUCUCCUAAAAACCCUAAAAAAUCCCAGUUUGAUUACCCCAAAAAAAUUGAUUAUGCCGGCAGAUAUUGAUGAUUCUUCACCUAAAACUAUGUCAAAUAGUACAGGGCAAACUGGUGAUGCUAGUGUCUCUUCUAAUGGCGACCAAUUUGAACCAUUAAAACCUCCCCCUAAAAAGAAGCGUAAUCAACCUGGAAUGCCUGAUCCAGAUGCGGAAGUGAUAGCUUUAUCGCCUAAAACAUUAAUGGCUACAAACAGAUUUGUCUGUGAAAUAUGCAAUAAAGGGUUUCAAAGAGAUCAGAAUCUUCAGCUACAUAGAAGAGGCCAUAAUUUACCAUGGAAGUUAAGACAAAGAUCUAGUAAAGAGAUUAAGAAAAGGGUUUAUGUUUGUCCAGAACCUAGUUGUGUUCAUCAUGAUCCUUCAAGAGCUUUGGGUGAUUUGACUGGAAUCAAGAAACAUUUUUGUAGGAAACAUGGUGAAAAGAAAUGGAAAUGUGAGAAAUGUUCAAAAAAAUAUGCUGUUCAGUCUGAUUGGAAAGCUCAUAGUAAGAUUUGUGGUACUAAGGAGUAUAAAUGUGAUUGUGGUACUCUUUUUUCAAGGAGGGAUAGUUUUAUUACACACAGAGCAUUUUGUGAUGCUUUAGCAGAAGAAAGCGCAAGAAAUCAUCCUAAUCCUAAUCCUAACAAUGUUAGUAACAACAACAAUAAUAAUAAGAUGGAAUUGGAGUCAAAAGCUUCAAUUGCAAUCGCUUCGUCGCCAUCAACAAGACCAUCAUCACCUCCAUUAGUGCCAUUGCCUUCACCCAAACAGUCACCACCACCAGCAACCCCGCCACUGCCACCAAUUCCGGUGACUCAAUCAACUACUAUGGUGUCAUCCAAUAUGCCUUUGCCAGAGAAUCCUUCUCCCGUCCUGGACGAUCCAGUUCUUCCUGUUGCUAUACCCACAACUGGUUUAAAUGGUAGCUGUAGCAGUAGCAGUAGUUGCAGUUCUAGUGGUGUUCCUGGGGCCAACGCUAGCAGUAGUGUAUUUGCUACCUUAUUUGCAUCUUCCUCAACUGCACCACCUAGUUUACCAUCCCAUCCCAAUCCGGGUUUCUCGGACUUAAAUCAAACCAUGGCUCGGCCUGAAUGUCAGCCACCCGAAUUUUCCCUGUCGGCUUCGACAGAACCCGUUUCGCUUUGUCUUGCUACUAAUCACGGGUCAUCGAUUUUUGGUCAUGCUGGACACGAACGGAGGCAGUAUGCACCACCUCCGCAACCUGCUAUGUCAGCCACAGCACUACUUCAGAAGGCUGCUCAAAUUGGCAGUGCCAAUGGCGGUUCAUUGCUUCGUGGACUUGGGCUUGUUACAUCGACUUUGUCUUCUGUUUCCUCAGAAAAUCUACAAUGGAGUUCACGUCAAGUUGAGCCUGAGACUAGCCCCGUCCCGUCAGGCCUUGGGCUAGGCUUGCCUUGUGACGAAGGAUCUGGAUUGAAGGAGCUAAUGAUUGGAAGUUCGUCAAUGUUUGGGCCAAAACAGCCCACUCUGGACUUCCUUGGAUUGGGAAUGGCCGCAGGGGGGAGCUCGAACAACGGUCUUACAUCAUUAAUCACAUCGAUGGGAAAUGGUGUUGACAUGGCAGCUGUAGCCGCAGCAGCUUCAUUUGGAGGAACCGAGUUUACCAGUAAAGACAUUGGAAGGAGCUCAUGAUCUAGAUUGUACAGGGCAUCUCUUUGAUGUUUUCAGAGAAAUUAAAACCAGAUACAAAAGUAGGUGGUGUAACUAUGUUUGCAAAAUGUAAUCCUAUCCUAUAAACUAUGGUGUACUAAUACCACAUACUUGAAUCAAUCCCUUUCCCCUUAUCUUUAAGUAUGUAAAAAUCAGGAAUUAGUAAAUUCAUGAAUCAAGCUAAAAUUCUUGUA